AUGUCCAACGGAGCUCGUGUUCAAAUACGGGAGCAAUCCCAUGAACAAAAGGAUAAACUUCAUAGAGAUGCAGCUGAAAAGGCAAAAUUAAAUAUAAACCCUAAACUAGUUAAAUUAAUAUCUGUUAAAUUGAAAGAAGCAGCUUUGGACUCUCCAAGUUUUAGAGCUAGUGUUAAUUAUUUUAAUUCUCAAGUUGAUCAAACUGAACAUUGGAUUGAAGGUUUAUUGAAAUCUUUGAAAAAAUAUCCUCAGCAAUUUAAUGAUUUUAAAGAAGUUAAUAAUGUUUUAUUUAAUCAAUUGAUUCCGGAUUUUUUGAAAGAUGGAUUGAUUAAUCAGGAUAAUUCAGUUGCUAUUUUGGAUACAAGUAAAACUAACUUAGGAAGUUUAUGGGAAUCAAAUACUAAAGCUUUAGAAUUAAAAGAAGCUGAAAUUACUGAAUUAUUAUCUGAAUUUUCCAAGAAUGAAAUAAGACAUUUUAAAGAUUUUAAGAAAAAUUUUGAAUUUUUCCAAAACAAAUUUGAUACUUUAAUAAGUAAAUAUUCUUCACAAAAUAAAUCAAAAGAUCCAUCUGCCUUAAGGGAAGAUGCAUUCCAAUUAUAUGAAGUUAGAAAAUCUUACCUGGCUGCCUCACUUGAUAUAUGUGUUGAAAUUUCAAAAUUACAUCAACAAUUAGAUUUCACUUUUGUUAAUCUAGCUGAAUUAUUAUUUAAAGGUAAAGUAUCAUUUGAUGAAAAAUAUUUUGAAAAAGCAAGAGCAUGGUCUGUUGCAGUAUCAAAAUCAGUUAAAACAUUAAUUGAUGAUAUGAUUUAUUCAAGAAAUCAAAUUGAAGAAGCUACAAUUUCACAAUUUACUCCAUCAAGAGACUUGGCUUCACAUAAUCCUGCUUUAAUAAAUCCUCAAACUUUAAUAAAUGAAGAGACAGAGCCAAACAAUAACAACAAUCAACAAUCUUUUGAAAAACAUGGUUGGUUAUUUAUGAAAACUACAGUGGGGAAACCUGCAAGAACAAUAUGGGUUAGAAGAUGGGUUUUCGUUAAAUCUGGAAUAUUUGGACUUUUUUCAUUAGCUCCAUCUAAAAAUUUUGUUCAAGAAACUGAUAAAAUUGGUGUAUUAUUAUCAAAUAUAAGGUAUGCCCCCGAUGAAGAUCGAAGAUUUUGUUUUGAAAUAAAGACUAUUGAUGUUACAAUCAUGUUUCAAGCUGAAAGUCUUGAAGAAUUAAAAUCAUGGUUAACUGUUUUCUCAAUGGAGAAGAAACGUGCUAUUGAAAAUUCAGAUUCAGAUUCUGGCAAAUAUGCAUUUGGUAGAUAUCCUCCAUUGCUUUAUGAAUUUGCUUCAACUUCAUUAACAUCAAUUGAUAUGGAAUUAACAACUUCUAAAGCUGAAAACACCAAGGAUGAUGAUACUCAAACAACAGUGGUUUCUUCAUUUUUAUCACAAUUAGUUGGUGGUAAAGAACAUUUAGAUUUUAGAUUAUCAGGUACAGUGGGGGAUUUCCAAGAACCUGAUAUAAGUGCCCCUAUGAUUACCAAAAUGACAAAACUUUCCAUAUUGGCACAUGCUUUCUUGAAUUCUACAAUUAUACCCACUGCAGUCACGGCAAAUAUUUGGGGUAGUGUUAAUUGGGGGACAUAUUAUGUUUCAGAUCAUGAUAUAAGUUAUAAAUUAAAUCAACCUGUAUCUGAUUCAAAUAUUUCUUCAUUAUCUAAGACACAUAAAUAUCCAGAUUUUUACCCACAAGAUUUGAAAACUUAUGAUAUUCAAUUAAAAUCAUUAUUUGAUACUAGUGUUCCUAAAGAUGAAUUAGUGGUUUUACAUUUUUCAUGCCUGUGGGCUUUGAACCCUAAACAAGAGUUAUCAGGUCGUUGUUUCGUUACAACUGAAAAUUGUUAUUUUUACUUAAAUAGUACAGGAUUUGUCGCUCUUUUAAAAAAAUCAAUUGCAGAUCUUGUUGCUGUUGAUGUUACCAAUGAAAAGGAUUGGGAAGUUUUAAAAGUUUAUGGUAUUGAAGGACUGAAUAUGAAAGGAAGAAUUUUCUUGGAUGAUGGGAAAUUAAUUCAAAAAAAAUUAGAUUUUUUAAUUAAUAAUUUAUCAAAAGAUGAACCAAAAUUACAAAAUGAAGUUAUUCAAAUUUUAAAACAAAUUGAAACUGAUGAAAUUAAAAAAAUUGAAAAGAAAAAUUCUAUAAAGAGGAAAAAUACUGAUGCUUCAGUUCAAUCUACAUCAGGAUCAACACAAAUUAAUUCAGAAUUAUAUUCAUUUCAGCCAUUUUCAGGUGUGGUUUCUCAUAAUAAGAAUAUGAAGACAAAUUAUAAUGAUGAAUAUCAUCAAUGUACAGUUAGAACUUUUGAUGCACCUGCUAAAGCCAUAUUUCAUAUUUUAUUUGGUGAUCAUUCUUCUAUAUUAAGAGAUUCUAUAAGAUUUAUUGAUAAUGAUGAAUAUGAAGUAUCACCAUGGUAUUCCAAAGGAUCAGAAUUAAUUAGAGAAAUUGAAUUAAAAUUAAAACUUUCCAAGAAAUUAUUUAGUUUGAAAAAUAAUAAUGCUGGAGAAAGUGUUGUUCAACAAACUAUUGAAGAUUUUGUCGAUAUGAAGUAUUAUAGAAUUAGAGAAGAUAGAACUCCUUUAAAAAUUGCAAUGGGACAAGUCUUACAAUUAACUAAGAAAUAUGUCAUUAUUGAAACUGAUACAAAAACUUCAAAACUCUAUAUUUAUACUAAAUUAGAUAGUAUUGAUCCAGGGGUAAGAAGUUUAUUUGCACCUGCACUAAGGAAAACUUCAAAAAGUUUUUUCAAAGAUGAAGAUCUAACAAUGAUUGAACAAAUUGAACAUAAUGUAUCAAGAUUAGGAUCUCAUGGUAAAAUAAUUAAAGCUAUUAGAACGUUUGGGAACUUGAGUAAAAGUGAUGAAGUUUAUAUCCCCAAGGAGAGACAGGUAUUCAAUUUUACAUUGAAUUUAAUGUUUAGAUUAUAUUUUAAAAAAUUCUGGUAUGAUUUAGCUUCAGCAAUUUUAUGUGGUUCAAAAUUAAUUUUUUCAUACUUGGGUAAAAUUUUGGGUGAAUUGGCAAUGAAUAAACUUAUAUUGUUAUUAUUAGGUAUUUCAUUACUUUUUAAUUCUUUCCUGGUGGGUAAAUCAACAGUUUCAUUUUGGACUGCCAAAAAAGCAGAACAUUUAGUUAAAGAUUUUACAAAAGAAUUAAAUAUGAAUAAAAUGGAAAGAGCUAUUUAUAUUAAUGAAAUUGAUGCUUUAAGUUCUUCAAAUUUUAAUGAAUCUUCCAUAUGUUUUACGAAAUUUAUGAAUUCUGGAAAUAUUGAAGAUUAUGCAUCACAAAGUGUUGAUAAAAGAUUUAGAAAUUCAAGACAUGAAAUUGCAGUUAAAAGAAAUGAAUUAUUAGUUGAAUUGAAAAUAUUGGAAAAAGUUGAAAAAGAAUUAAUUAAUGGUUCAUGGAAAAAUUUCUUACUUUCUGAAUUGAACUUAUGUAAAAAGGCAUUAGAAGAUUUGAAUGUUACAAAUCCAGAUUUAGAAAUUUAUUGUUCAAGUUGUAUUGAAGAUUUUCAAAAAGUUUCAGCUUAG